AUGGGUUUAACUUUUGUAGAUGAUACUGUGAUGAAUAUUAAUCUGAUUAAAGAAAGAUUGAAAGCUGCACAAGAUAGACAGCAAAAGUAUUACAAUCGGAAGCACAAAUUUGUUGAAUUUCAGAUUGGUGACUUUGUAUAUGUCAAAGUUAGUCCGAUGAAAGGUGUUAGCAGAUUUGGAAGAGUAAGCAAGCUCAAUCCAAGGUAUGUCGGACCUUUUGAGAUCAUCAAAAGGAUUGGUAUUUCUGCUUACAGGUUGUUAUUGCCUGAUCAGAUGUCUGAUAUACAUAACAUGUUUCACGUAUCCUCUUUAAGAAAGUGGAUAUCUGAUUCUGGACAGAAAAUUUCUGUUGAUGAUAUGGAGAUUCAGGAGAAUCUACAAUAUAAAGUAGAGCCUGAAAAGAUUUUGGUUUAUGAUAUAAGAAAGUUAAAAAGUAAACAGAUUCCGAUUGUUAAGGUUCAGUGGAAACAUAGAACAGCAAGAGAGGCUACUUGGGAGAAGGAGUCGGAUAUGAGACAGUUAUAUCCGAAUCUAUUCUGA